UUGUUUUGUUUUUAAUCAGGUCUUAUAUGAUCAGGUUGUAAUGUAGUUUAUAAGUAGCGGGUGCCGGAGUCUGCACAGUAGAAAGUGUUUGGCUACCGAGUGUACAGUGUCACUAUGAAGCUUACGUUAAUCCUCUUGCUAGUGGCAAGCAGCCAAGCCGCCAAAGUAACCAGCUCUAGCAGUAAGGAUAGAAUAGGAGACUUUGAAAAAGAGAAACGAGAUUCGAAUAGAAAUAAUGGACUCGAGAAGAGAACGCCGCUGCUGCCUUCAGUUUCAUCUUCAGCCACUCCAGGUGUUGAGUAUGCGAGAACCAAAGAAUCACAUUCCGAUCAGUCACCAAGUCAGCAAAUAUACGCAACCCCAGCACCUCAACUUUCAAAGAUAUCAGACGUCCUAGCUCAAGGUGGACCCUACCAAGCCGCCAUCGCAAACCAACUCUACUCCCCUGUAUCCAUCUACCAACCAAGGUUCCCAACUUACGAAGUUUCACCGCCUGUGCCGUCCCAGUUGGCGUAUGCGGAACACUCUUUUCAGCCCCAGAACAUUCAAUCAAUACCGAAGGCCAAUUACCAACCACAAAUUUUGCAACAAUACGAAACUUCAGUACCCCAACCCAUACCGGCUAACUACCAACAAACAACUUCUCCCAUAUCCAACCAGCCGAUCAACUAUCAACAACCGUUGAUUCAGUAUCAACAGUACACUCCAGAUCAACUUCAGUACGUUCAAGAAUCUAUUCAGCCCCAAACAGCGUAUCGUCAAGAGUUACCAGUUACCUAUCAGGGGGAACAAGCCAGACCUGAACCACAACCUGUGACUCAAAAUAUCCAACAGACGUACACACCACAAUCAUCACAAGGUGCCAUUAGCUACGCCUCUUAUGCACAAAACCAACGUGACCAAUCAGCACAAAAACAACAAUCCCAGUAUCAACCACAACCCCAACAACUCAUCAAGUACCAGCUACAGCACCAACCAAUUCAGUAUCAACUUUCUCAAGCACAACAACCCCAAUACCAAGUGCAACCACAACAGUACCAGGUACAGCAAUAUGAAGCUCCACAGUUCCAAAUCCAGCAACAACCUUAUCAACAGUACCAGCAGAGCGAAGGGAGAGUGCAAUAUCAACCACAGCUUCCGCCUCUUCAAAUUCAGCCUUAUCAACCACAAUAUGUCAAGUCAAAACAGAGUGAGAAACAAGUUUACUUCAAGCAGUUGCAGCAACCAGCAGUCAUACAGCAAAUUCAACCCCAACUUCAGCCACAGGCUGCCCAAACGAAACUGGCUCAGCAAUACUCACAGGCACCCGCACAAAACUCCGGCUACGCUGCACAAGUCGCAUUGCCGACCUUUCCCCCGGUACAAUACUUUGGAAAAUUUGCACACUCUAUUUUCGGUCAACAAUAGUACAGUUUAGUUUUGAUUUACUGUUUAUAAAAAAUGCCAAAAAGUUGUGCUAAUUGUUUAUCAAUACCGUCAUUGUAAAUAUCAAUGAAUGGCCAAGCUAAUUUAGUUUUAAAUGAAACGAUAAAAGCUAUUAUUAAAUGCGUAAGUCACCAAUCGUAUUCGAUAAGAUUUCGUAUAAGAAUUGAAUUCUCAAAUUGUCAAUUUAAAAUAAUAAAUUAUUUUGUGUAAUUAUAAUUACAGUAAUUUAACAUAAGUA